AUGAGGUUCACAGCCCCGCAACCAAUGAAGCAACCCUUGGAACAGAGGGACAAAAGCAAGCAUUGCGCUUAUCAUCGAGAUUAUGGGCAUUCAACCAAUGAUUGCAGAUCCCUUAGGCGACAAGUGAAAAUAUUGAUAGCCAGAGGUGAGUUGGCAGAUUACCUCGUGACGAAGGAGUAUGUGAAGCCCCGCGAGGUCUAUCCUCGCAAGGUAGAAGGUACUCAAGUAAAGGUCAUUCAUGCAAUACAUGGCAGAUCUGAAGAUGAUCAAGAGUCCGAGGAGGUAUACAGAUCCAGAUUGAGGGCAACCCAUAAGCUCAGGAAGAUAUCCUCGGUCAAUGCUAUCGCUUCGGGUAGCAUCAAUAUUGGAUUCGGCGAUGGUGACCUAUCCAGAGUUCAAUUCCCCCACGAAGAUCCAUUGGUCAUCAGUCUUUUAGUGGCAAAUUGCAUGAUCAAGAGGGUUUUGAUAGACCCAGGGAGUAGUGCCAACAUCAUCACAAAGGCGGUCUUUGAGCAACUAGAGAUCCCGUCAUUAUCUAUUCGACCAACCUCCAGCCCAUUGAAGGGGUUCGAUGGCACAAGAGUAGAUCCCCUUAGGGUAAUAGACUUAUCCGUAACUACGGUGAAGAGGACUCUGAAGAAAAACUUUGUCUUAACAGAGAUCCAUCCUUCCUAUAAUCUCAUCAUGGGAAGAGGCUGGAUACACCGGAUGAAAGGAGUUCCGUCCACCGCUCAUCAGGUGAUGCGGUGCUUAUCUCUGGACGGAAAAGAUGUUAUUAACCUAUGGGGCGAUCAAGUCGUUGCGAAGGAAUGCUAUAUGUUGACACAGACUGAAGCAAAGAAGGUGUCUAGACAGCCUCAACCAGGCGUGACUUCCAGAAAUAUACUCAAAUAG